GGGCAGGACGAGAGGGAGCAAGCUGGCAGCAGGCGGUUAAGGAGGGGUAGGGAGAGAAAUGUCAGGGAGAGCUGCCAGACAGGGAAAGAACGCACCGAAAGGCAGCUGUCCAAGGAUGUCGACCUGAGGGAGAGCGCUGAGAGGAAGGGGGUCAGGAGGGAGAGAGAGCCGAAGGGGGCCAUCCAGAGGGACGCCGACAGAGCCGAGAGGAAAGGGGUCAGAAGGGACAGGGAAGCGGUGAGGGACAGGAAAAGAACAAGUGAGAGUCCCUUGACUGGGGCUAGAGACACGGAGAGGGGCGCCCUUCCCGCAAGUCUCUCCAAUAGGCAAGUAACUAAGCCCGAGCAAGAGAGCAGGACCCUCCAGCAAAGGAGAGAGAGGACUCGCAGAGGCCCACCCAGAGAAAGAGAGCCCUGGUUUUCUGGGAGAGACACGGAGUCCUCGGAAGGACCUUCGGGGAGGGUGUGAGCUCUCUGAGGCAGCCCAUGACAGAUUGUGUUUGAAGAAUUCAUUUAGGGAGACAGGGGGUCCAAACUGAGGAAAACUAGACUUGGGGGCAGAGAACCUAGAGGGGAAAAACUAAGGGGUGGUGUAGGUAUCACCCGGCAGAAAAAGAGCUGAGAAUAGAUUGUGCUGGGGGAGGAGGGAAGGAGAACUCCAAAAAUUUAGGGGAGACGAUUCCUGGGAGAAAGUGAUCAGAGAACCCUUGGGGAAAAUCUUCCUCAGGGGAAGAAAAGGCUUUAAGAAAACUGGAGAUGAGGAAACUUGAGAGGAAAAGAUUUUAAAGAUAAAGGAAAAGUGUAGAAGAGAAAUCUGAGGGGAGGGGGGAGAUAAUUAUUAAGACAAGUUAACAAGGAAAGCUUCCAUUUAGAUAGGAGAAAGGGGAAAAACAGCUAAGAUAAAAGGUACUGAUAAUUCAGCAGCUCAUUUCCCCACAUACACACUAUUCCCUGAGCAAUUUAAGGGAAAAAGAAACUUUACCCUUUCCCUGGCUCCUUCUACGGGGGGGGAAAGCUACGUGUCUUUCCCUCAGUCUGAGCAAAAGGUCUAAUUUCCUGCUUAGCCCUAAGUCUUCUUACUUCAGCCUUCCAAUUUGGGGUUCCUGGACUGGACAGGGCACAAGCCCUGCUUCCUUUUUCAAAACACUCUCCUAAUCCUCUCUUGAGUCAUCAUGUCUACCAGCAAUUAUAGCUUCAAGAAUCGGUGUGUGUCUAUCCUGUGCUGCAAAUUCUGUAAGCAAGUGCUCAGCUCUAGGGGGAUGAAGGCUGUCUUGCUGGCAGACACUGAAAUAGACCUUUAUUCUACAGAUAUUCCUCCAACCAAUGCAGUGGACUUCAUUGGAACCUGUUAUUUUACUGAAAUCUGCCAAUGCAAACUGAAGGACAUCGCCUGUUUAAAAUGUGGGAACAUUGUAGGUUAUCAUGUGAUCGUUCCAUGCAAACCCUGCCUUCUUUCCUGCAACAACGGGCAUUUCUGGAUGUUUCAUAGUCAGGCAGUUUUUGGUAUCAACCGGUUAGACUCCACUGGUGUAAAUCUGCUACUUUGGGGCAACUUGCCAGAGGCAGAAGAAAGUACAGAUGAAGACAUGUUAGACAUUUCCGAGGAGGAAUGUAUUAGAUGAAUGGAAACAGUGAUGUGUAUAUUGUAUUAAGACUCUUUUUCCUACUUAAAAAAAAAAAUCCAAAUAUAUUAAUGAAUGAACUUUAAAACUGCAAAUAAACAGACCAAAGGACUUA